AAUAACCUAAAAUCAAUUUUACUCCUAUCAUCUUCAACGUUUCCGCCACAAAACCAAAAUCAUCUUCUUCUACAUUUCAUCCUCGCCGUCCAGCCGUCGCUCGUCCUCAUCGUCCUAACAGUUGGCAACAGUUGGUCGUCAUUCCAUGGCAAGCAACAUCUAAUGUGUUUAAUUUUGUAGGUUAAGUUUGUGGAUUGGAUACUCAGAGUGACACGUCACUAAGUUCAGGUCCGCCGGAGGUGCUUCGCUAUGAUUCUUAACGGAUGCGCCAUAACGGCUAAACCUAGGUCCAACGGCCUGGUUUCUGCAAAUGCUCCUCACGUCAGUGCUAAGCCUGCAAUUAUCAGGAAUUCAUGGACUCCAUUUCUGAAUCUGGAGUCUAAAUCAUGGUUACCUAGAGGGUUGCUCUUAAGCGGGGGUCGCAGUAAAAUUUGGCAUGCUGUUCCAUUGUUACCUAGGCAAAGAAAAUCUUAUAUUUGCCCCCGAGCGUCGAAAGAUGUCCCAUACAGUUACCGCUUCCCCCCAAUGACGGAGAAGCCGAAAUGGUGGUGGAGGACAUUAGCUUGUCUCCCCUAUUUGAUGCCGCUUCACGAGACUUGGAUGUAUGCCGAGACCGCAUAUCAUCUACAUCCGUUCCUCGAAGACUUUGAAUUUUUGACAUACCCGUUUCUCGGUGCCAUCGGGAGGUUGCCCAGCUGGUUCUUGAUGGCGUAUUUUUUUGUUGCAUAUCUUGGAGUUGUGAGAAGAAAGGAAUGGCCACAUUUCUUUAGGUUUCAUGUGGUGAUGGGGAUGUUGUUGGAGAUUGCUCUUCAAGUGAUUGGAACUGUGAGCCGGUGGAUGCCGCUGGCCAUCUACUGGGGUAAAGUGGGGAUGCAUUUUUGGACAGCCAUUGCGUUUGCUUAUCUCUUCACCGUCUUGGAAAGCAUAAGGUGCGCUCUUGCCGGUAUGUAUGCUGAUGUACCUUUUGCCUGUGAUGCAGCCUACAUCCAAAUCCCUUAUGAUUAAUUUGCAAAUAGUGCAAAAAACAGAUAUUAGUGUUGUCCUUUCAUUUUUUAUUUUGUACUACCAACUUAAUGCCACUUUUAGAUCAAUCAGAAACAAAUGACUUUAUGUUGAAGAUAACCGUUUCUCAGUU